AUGGCACUCAGCCGCGUCACUUCAAAGGGGUUGGGGCAUAUCCAGCUGGGGAACAAUGACAGAUCCGACACAGCGACCACCGGCAACGUCGGCAACGACGGACGGGUCAAAGUUCGCUUUCACGAAAACCCUCAGAAACUGGUGACUUGGUUUCAAACCUUUCAAGGCUCCUUUAGGCCGCAUUCUGGAGACUACAGUGAUGGGAUCGACGAAGCGAGGCUACGUAGACGCAGCAGUGUUGUUUUGGAAAACUUGAAGCAGCACCCGCCAACAGCGAGUCCGCGCCUGAACAUCGCCAUACACAUCGUCGGAUCUCGCGGGGAUAUCCAGCCGUUCAUCCCAAUUGCUCAACUUCUCAUGAAAGCGCCCUACGGCCACAGAGUCCGCAUCUGCACGCACCCUGUGUUCAAAGAAUUCGUCGAGUCCAAUGGCGUCGAGUUCUUCAGUAUCGGCGGCGACCCUGAGGCGCUCAUGGCGUACAUGGUCAAGAACCCUGGCUUACUUCCCAGCCGUGAGAGCGUCAAGGCUGGAGACAUUGGCCAACGCAGGAAAGAGAUGGCUGAGAUUAUCAACGGCGCAUGGAGGAGUUGCAUCGAAGCGGGUGACGGAACAGGAGAGCGUACGACGGCCGCCACUGUGAAGAAAGCAGAGGAUCUUUUUCUCGCAGACGCGAUUAUCGCCAACCCGCCUUCGAUGGCACAUAUCCACUGCGCUGAAAAGCUUGGCAUACCGUUGCAUAUGGUCUUCACGAUGCCAUGGUGCCCCACGCAGGCUUUUCAUCAUCCUUUGGCGUCCAUGAGUUAUGGAGAAGCGGACACAAGCGUUGCGAACUACCUCUCAUUCAUUAUGAUGGAGCUCUUGACUUGGCAAGGGCUUGGUGACUUGAUCAACAAGUUCCGCACACAAACCCUGGGUCUUGACCCCAUCAGCCCCAUGUGGGGAUGCCAGCUUCUCCCCAGACUACGCGUCCCAUAUUCAUUCCUUUGGUCCGAGUCGCUCAUCCCAAAGCCUACGGACUGGGACUCUCAUAUUAAUAUCACAGGCUUUUCCUUCCUCCCUCUGGCUGAUAAGUAUACACCACCCCCAGACCUGACAGCAUUCUUGGAAAGUGGGCCGCCGCCAAUUUACAUCGGCUUCGGUUCCAUCGUCGUCGACGACCCGAAAGCCCUUACACAACUCAUCUUCAAUGCCGUCAAGAUUGCAGGCGUCCGCGCCAUCGUGUCGAAAGGCUGGGGCGGCGUCGGUAGUGGUGACGACGUCCCCGAUGACGUCUAUCUCAUCGGCAACUGCCCGCACGACUGGCUUUUCAAGCGCGUCUCGGCUGUCGUUCACCACGGCGGUGCUGGCACUUCCGCAGCUGGUAUCGCGGCGGGACGGCCCACAGUUGUCGUUCCUUUCUUCGGCGAUCAGCCGUUUUGGGGACAGAUGAUUGCUCGAGCAGGUGCUGGCCCAGCACCUGUGCCAUUCAAAAAGAUGACGGCGGAUACCCUGGCAUCGAGCAUCACCUUCGCCCUGAAACCCGACGUUCAGGUGGCUGUUCAACAAAUGGCUCAACGAAUCGCGGAAGAGGACGGUGCGGGCGACACAGCUAAAGAUAUCCAGGAGAGGCUUACGCUUGAUGCGAUGAGGUGCGAUAUAUGUCCUGAAAAACUGGCAAACUGGAGGCAUAGAAAGACAGGCGCCCAUCUGAGCAACUUUGCAGUGGGCUGUCUGGUUGACAAGGGCUAUAUGAGGCCUCACGACUUCAAGAUUCUCAGGCACAAGCACUGGUAUGUGGACGAAGGCGCCGAGCACCCCAUUAUCGGCCUGGUCGCAGCGGUCGCAGGGUUCUUUACUUCCAUCGGGAUAGCGACCUCAGACUACUCCGAGCGGCUGCGCAAUCCUCAAUCACCGGUUCGGAUGCAAGAAACAGAUCUGGACCUUGAGGCCCAACCUGAACGAGAAAAACCCGCUGAAGAGGAGAGCAAUACUACAUGCGAAGCAUCAGUGGAUCCCAGCCAUAACGGAGAAGCGAACACAGAGGAUGGACAUCUGAAGCGGGUGGCUAAGGCGAACACUAUGACGCGGAAGCAGAUGAAUGACAUUGCCAUGAAGAUGGCCACCAAGUCGCUCCGGUGUGCUGACCCCACCGUUGAACUCGCGAUGGACGACUUGAUGAAGCGAGGGAAGCGAAAGAAAUCUGUUGUGUCCAUUGGCAAGCGCCAACGGAGCCGGCCAAUGGAGGUUGCUCGCGCGACUGGCCGAUAUGGCAUCGAUGUGGCCAAGGCGGGACUCAAAGCACCGGUGGCUGUUUUCUACAACAUCGCCAAUGGUUGUCACAACUUCCCUUCGUAUGCCUAUGCGGGUCAUGAUGUGAGGCGGCGAGACGAAAUCACAGGGCUAGGGAGCGGUAUCCGAACGGCAGGCAAGGAGUUCGCCUUGGGGGGCUGGGAUGCGUUCAGCGGAAUCGUUGUGAAGCCCUACAAAGGCGCGAAAAAAGAGGGUAUCAAGGGCUUCGGCAAGGGAAUAUGGCAGGGUGGCCGUGGGUUUACAUAUAACCUUUUUGCCGGUAAGUUCCCGCUUGUCGACACUCGCCUCAACAUUACUGACAGUUACACGUAG